ACAAGACUAGCAGGAAGUAAUUAGACAGCAAUCGGGUUUCAGAAGCAGUUGACAAGAGGUGCCCAGUGAAAACGGGAAAAGCAAAACCGCGGACAGCAAUCCUUUGGAUCUGGGAAGGAUUGUAAAGAAAAUCGCGAGGUUGACGAACCAUUUUGCGGGGCUCUGUCUGAGGAGAGUUAUUUUGUUUCUGAUUGGUAGAGCCAUGGCUACAGGGGGUGGUGAGGACCCCUUCAAGCCCAGCCCGAACAAGGACAGUAAACCACCGCACCCCCCGGUGACAGAGGAGCACGUGGUGGAGGAGACGGAGGGGGUUUUCAACAGCUACGUCUUCUACCGAUACCACCAGGAGAGAGAGCAGGAGGGCAAUGACCUGCCCAGGGACCCCGAGAUCAUGGCUCUGCGCCCCAACGGUGCCAGCACCACAGCCCGGGUUGGGCAGCAGCUGGCUCUUAUUGGCGAUGACAUCAACAGCCGCUAUGACCUGAACUUUACCAACAUGCUUUCUCAGCUGGCGCUCACCCAAGAGAACGCCUAUGACUACUUCUGCAAAAUAGCCAACAGCCUGUUCGACUCUGGGAUUAACUGGGGCCGGGUGAUCGCUCUCCUCAGCUUCGGCUACAGGAUGGCACUGCAUGUCUUCCAGCAGGGCAUGCGAGGGUUCCUGAGCCGCAUCGCCCGCUUCAUCGCCGACUUCGUCUUGCGCAACCGCAUCGCGCAGUGGAUCGCGCAGCAGGGCGGCUGGGUGGCUGCUCUGGACCUGGACAACGUCUAUCUGAACUACAUGCUAGUGCUGGUGGCCGUGGGGCUGGCGAGCCUGUUCAUAGUGAGACGCUUCUUCAAUUCGUGAUGGGACUCCAGCCACAUGCUGGCCACCACGAGCCAGAGAGCCAGCACCUCCACCAGGGGCAGUACCACCUCAAGGAGGCGUGGGGGGAAGAGAGAGAGAACAUUUGCAGGGACUGUACCACUGGGGUGGGAGGAGAUGAUGGACAAAACACUACCUGGAGGAUAUUAUAAAAAUAUAUAAAUAUUUAAAUGAACUGAAAAAUCAUGUUCAGGGAAAAAAUCACAGUUUUGUGCACAGCUUUUAAUAAAAACAUUUUAGAUCCC